CGCCAGCAGUUUGUCACUUUCCUAGCACAUCAAAAUAGUGUGUUAUAGCAAAAUUUGUACAUGAAAAGUUGACUCGUGGAAAUUAAAGGCUAAUAUUUUGAACAUUAAGUGCUAACAUAACGCCGAACUAUGACUGAACCGGAGGAAGUGAACGGUGUCGACGAUGCCGGCGACAAGAAGCAGAAAAAGGCCUCCAAACACGACAGCGGAGCGGCAGAUCUGGAACGUGUGACUGACUAUGCAGAGGAGAAGGAAAUCAUAUCCAAGGAGAUUACCGAUGCAGCUAAUAUGUUCGAAGAGAAACGAAACAAGGAAAACGAGGAAAAGCUAGCCAAAGAACGGGAAUUGCAAAAGGUUCACGUUAAAAAAGAAGAUAUUGAACUGAUAAUUAGAGAAAUGGAAAUCAGCCGGUCGAAAGCGGAGGAAACUUUACGGAUGCACAGGGGAGAUGUCGUAUCCGCCCUAGAAGCGCUUACCAACUAGCGAACCAAUUGAUUGAUAGGGCAGCGUGGAAAAAACCGAAAAUCGAAACAACUAGCCAGGUACUCUUGAACAUUGUUUGUUCGUUUAUUUGUAAAGUAGAUUAUGAUUGGGGCACUUAUAGGCACAAUAGAUGCUAGUGAAUGCCGCGA